AUGCUAUCGCAAAAGUCGCGCAAUUCUUCGGGCCAACGGCCGCCAUCUCCCCCGCGUCGCGCCGACAACACUUCCGUCAAGUCCCCGCCGGUGGUCAAGUCUCCACCUGUCACUUCACCGCCAGUCACGUCACCGCCGGUCAAGUCUCCACCUGUCACGUCUCCGCCGGUCAAGUCUCCGCCAGUCACGUCUCCGCCGGUCAACAAAACUCAACCUGUUAAGUCUCCACCAGUCAAAUCUCCUCCAGUCAAGUCGCCGCCCCCUGUCAACUCGCCACUGGUGAAGUCUCCACCAGUGCGAGGUGCUCCGAAUCCUUUAAGCGGCGUUACCUCACCCCCGUCCAGGAGGCCCACACCGCCGCGAGGAGACGUCAUAUCUCCACCAGCAAUAGACAACAAGCCAGCGCCACUUCAAAAGGUUGACGACGCAAACAAUGUACCACGCACACCCUGGCGAGAGUCUCCGGUCGCCAAAGAAGGCCCGGUUAAACUAGAAAAGCUGUCUAUAGCGACGACAGAGAUUGAGCGUCCAGUGGAGAACAUUGAGCCUGCGAAGGCCGAAGAGGAAAAAGUUGAUAAUGACGUAGAAAAGGUCGUUGAAAAGGCGGAAGAGUCGAACGGAGUCGGUGACAAGAUAAAGAAGUUUGAGAAGGCGGCUGAAGACGCUAGUGGGACUACUGGGCGCUUAUCGCGACCUGGGUCUGUGAGGGGUCGACCGCGCACCGAGCGGCUGGGGUCCGACAAUAGUAGGGAAGACCUGCCACCGCCUGCCACUCCUUUUAAGGAUAACGUGCACUUUGAAUUGAGCGCGGCCGAGCGUCCGCCCACCGUGCUGGAGCGACAACAGAGCCUCACGCGCAGCGCCGCCCCGGCACGCUGGCAGCGCGGGGAUGCUCCCGCUGACGGUGACAAGCCCCGCCCUGAACCACAAAAGAUUAUAAAACCCGAGUUCAAGCCGAUGCCACCCCCUGUCGAUGUCACGAUCCGCUCGCCCAGCCUCGGCGCUAAGAUACCCGAUCAGUUCCCUUCUCACGGCACCGCGUUCCGUAACGUCGCCUCGCCCGACCCCGCUCGCUCCAGGGACGUCCACAAGACCAACGACGAUGUAAAUACUCAGAAUAAUUUUAAGACAUGUAAAUUUAAAACGAAGGACAAGUAUUCGGUGAGCAAGGGAUCGAGUUACUUCACUAGAGGUUCGGAGGAAAUCUGGCUCGUGAAGAAGAAGGAUAUAGAGGAGAUCGAGGAGAGGGUUUUGGAUUCGUUUCGUCGGGCGGGCGGGAACGUGUGCAUGCGCAGUGAGUCGGUGCGGCCGGCGUCGGACAGCGGCGGCGCCACGUUCUCGCACGCGACGAUGGGGCGGCGCGCGCGCGGCGCCUACGCGCGCAGCGAGUCGCUGGACCCGCAGUGGGCGGGCGGCCGGGCACAUACACUGAAGCGGCAGGCGUCGGUGGCGUGCACGUGCGGGCACGACAAGAAGCCGCGUGCCCGCGCCGCCGAGCCCGCGCCGCGCCCGCGCUCGCGCUCGCACGGCGACGACAACGCGCACGCGCACGUGCUCGACAAGUACGAGACGCUCGUCUAA